CUUUGACAUUUCUUGGUUAGGUCUUUCGACUGUUCGUGUCAUUGUGAAAGUAAAAAUGUCAGCAAAAAUCAACUAAAAAGCGUCCACACAGAAAACUUUAUAAAAUUGCUGAACGAAGUCGAGUCCCCUCAAUACUCCCCAACAGACUUCCAGCCAUCAAGAUGCACAGAUCCUUCACUGCACCAAGGAUGUAAUAUCCCGUUUUCCUGACGUAUAUGAUGCGCUUAGAAACAUGAUAGAGAUCCUGCAAAUGUUUUUAUUUCUAUUCAAGUCUAAAUACAGACGGAAAUUCUAUGUUAAGGGCCUAUUGUGGUGUGCUACUUUCUUCAGUGUUUUGUCCAUAGUUAAAGCUAAGUGUAAUGAGACUUCAUGUGGGAAUGGGGUUUGCAGGAAUGAUACAUGUGUGUGCUAUGAUGGUUGGCAGGGGCCCCAAUGCCAGUUUUGUGGAGGGAAAGUCAGACUGGGCACAUCGACAGGAACAAUUCACGAUGGCCUCGGUAACUACUCAUUGACGUCAAAAUGUAGCUGGUUGAUUGAUGCGCCGAAUUCGACUAUCACACUGCAUGUUGAGCAGUUUGCAACAGAGUGUGGCUGGGACCAUUUGUAUAUUUUUGACGGAGACAGCGUGGAUUCACCGUUAUUGGCUGUUUUUAGCGGUUUAAUGUAUGAAGGCGCAUAUAGGGUAAGGCGGGUCCCAGAGGUGGUAGCUCAAUCAGGCUCUGCAUUGGUGCAUUUUUUUAGCGACGAUGCUUACAAUAUGAGCGGAUUUAACAUCACAUAUAGGCUGGAUUCUUGCCCUACAACAGUGUCAGGUUUGAACUGUUCAGGUAAUGGAAUAUGUAUAGACGGUGUUUGUACUUGCAAUGGCGGCUGGGGAGGCUCAGCUUGUCAUUUAGAAAAUUGCCCUAAUAACUGUGGAGCAGCAGAGGAGAGGGGCAUAUGUGAACCUGAAAGAGGAUGUUUCUGCUACGGUAGUAACCGUGGGGAUGACUGCAGUCAGUUGGCCAGUGAUGGUUACUGGGAGACAGUUACACCUCAAGGCUUCACACCUCCUGGCUCUGCAUCUCAUGGAGCAGUGGUUUGGAGGGAUUCCAUGUAUGUGAUAGCUGGAGAGAGUUAUGGCAGAGGAUCGUUGUUGUAUGUCUAUGAUUUUAAUGGUAACGUGUGGGAAACCCCGCACAUCGUGGCGGAAAGUCCUUCGCCUAGAUACGGCCACUCAACUGUCUUAUACGGGGACAAGAUCUUCCUCUAUGGUGGGGUGGCAGGCAAUAGGGGCCCCACGUCAGAGCUGUGGGCAUUCGACGUCAGCGCCAAAACGUGGGAGAACGUGACUGUCAAGGCAGCGGCGUGCGGUAUGGAAGGAGGUGGGGGGGCUAUGUGUGGUCCCCUUAAGUCAGUUGGUCAUACUGCAACGGUUGUUAUCAAUAAUAUCAAUAAGAAGGUCGACCGUAUGAUCGUGAUCUUCGGCCACUCGCCUGAGCUGGGCUACUUGAACACCGUCCAAGAGUACUACUUCGGUACCAGAGAGUGGUAUAUCGCCCACACGAACGGGUAUCCGGUCAAAGGAGGUUAUGGACACACUGCCUCCUAUGAUCCACUGACGGGCAAGAUCUACGUAUACGGAGGGAUCGUUUCUGAGAGCGAAUCGGCUCAGUAUCUGAGUAAGAAUCUGUAUUCGUAUGAGCCGAACGAGAGGAUUUGGACACUGCUUGCAGACGCGCCUUCUGCUAGGUUUUUACAUUCCUCCACUUUUGUCACUGGCGGUUUGAUGCUGGUGUUUGGUGGUAAUACUCACAACGAUACUUCACAUAGUUUUGGUGCAAAAUGUUACAGUUCAGAAUUACUGGCUUAUGACGUUCUCUGCGAUACAUGGAGCAUACUGCCGGUACCAAAGGACUUACAUGCGGACUUGGCUAGGUUCGGUCAUUCCUCUACGAUUUUUGAAGGAAACUUGUACAUAUAUGGCGGUUUUGACGGCCAAAUGCUCUCUGACAUGCUGAAAUACACCCCCGGCGACUGCACCUACCCUACCGAAACGCUCUGCCUGAACAACAAACCUGGAGCCAAGUGCGUGUGGGACUCGAAAGCGGGCGCUUGCAGUCGUGUGAUGGGCGUGCACCGGGACCUGGUGCUGAAACGGGAAGAAAGCUACAUCAACAAAUGUCCGAAGUUGAACAGAUCUGCGGCCACGUCUACGAUCAUACAGAAUACCAAGAAGUGCGAGGAGAUGGAGGAUUGCCUUGGCUGCGUGCAGACUUCUAGUGGGUGUGUGUGGUGCGGGAAUUCGUGCAGCUUGAAAAAGUGUCCUACGAAACCGAAUGGCAAUUCUAGUGACCUCAUUCCAGUUACGAAACUUGCCCACUGCCCUGAAGAUCCGACUCCAGUUUGUAGACAGCUACACACAUGCAAGGCGUGCACGUCUCAACACUUCUGCAGGUGGCGUUUCGAGCAUGCCAAGUGCGUGCCUCAUCCACAGCAUUCGAAUGUGUCGGCUGAAGCGGUAGAGCCUAUCCAAUGCCAGAACGUUUGUAGCGAGUACAACUCGUGCUUGAAUUGUACACAGGAGGAGUGCAUUUGGUGCCAAAAUGAAGGACGAUGCGUGGACAAGAAUGCUUACACUUCGAGCUUCCCAUACGGUCAGUGUCGAGAAUGGACGACAGUGCAAGCCAAGUGUCGGACUAGGGGCAGCAAUGAAAACUCCCAAUGCGGAUUCUACAAGACAUGCGCCAAAUGUAGGGACGAUCCGGCAUGUGGAUGGUGCGAUGAUGGUUCUAAGACGGGAUUAGGAACUUGCAUGCCCGGCGGUUAUGCUGGACCAACUCUGCACACACAAUCUCUACCUUCAUCGACGUGCCCACAAGAACGCUGGCACUUCACAACUUGUCCAGUGUGUCAGUGUAAUGGUCACGCGAAUUGUGUCGGUAACACAAGUACCUGCCAGCCAUGUGCCAAUUUGACGACGGGGAGCCAUUGCGAGUACUGCCUCAAAGGGUACUAUGGUAAUCCGGUAAAUGGUGGUAAAUGCGUUCCUUGUAACUGCAAUAAACAAGCUGAUGACUGCAAUAGGGAAACUGGAAAAUGUUAUUGUACAACAAAAGGAAUAAUAGGGGACCAGUGUGAGAAAUGUGAUGCAACCAACCACUACCAUUCGGAUCCCAACAAUAAAUCGUGCUACUAUGAUCUCACUAUUGACUACCAGUUCACCUUCAACCUGUCUAAGAAAGAAGACCGCCAUUACACACAAAUCAACUUUAGAAACUCGCCGAUCAAACCUGAUAUUGACGCUGACUUUCUAAUAACUUGUUCGGUUUUGGCCAAAAUGAACGUCACUGUGAGGAUAGGAAAUUCUCCGGAGAAAGAAGUGUUUAUGAGCUACAAUUGUACGACGUUCAGAUCGAAAUUUUCAAAAUCGGAGUACCAGUUUGGCGUGGAAGAUAAUGUGACGCUUACAACGUUCUACGUGUACGUGUAUGACUUUCAACCACCUUUGUGGAUACAAAUUUCGUUCAGCCAGUACCCUAAGUUGAACUUGCAGCAAUUCUUCAUUACAUUCUCCUCGUGUUUCCUGCUGCUUCUUCUGGUCGCCGCCAUAUUGUGGAAGAUCAAGCAGCGGUAUGACAUGUACCGCCGCAGGCAACGCCUCUUCGUCGAGAUGGAGCAAAUGGCUUCGAGGCCCUUCUCGCAGGUGCUCGUCGAGGUCGAAUUCAAGACUGUGAUCCCCGCCGGCGGCGACGUCGGCAAAGGCGUCGACCUUAAGAGGAAGAAGCGAGAUUCGCCUAGUCCGAUCGCUUUGGAGCCGUGUUUCGGCAACAGGGCCGCCGUCCUAAGCCUGCUGAUCCGACUGCCGACAGGCGGUGAACCGUACACCGCUCGCGGUCAGUCUGCUGGACUGGCAAUCGCCAGCGCGCUGGUCACACUGGGGAAUCCCAGGAAGCUGAGCGUGGACCAGGCGAAAGCAGAAGCCACCAAGGGUGGGGGGAAGCAGGGAAGGAAGACGCAGAGUCAGCAUCCGGAUGGCGGGUGUUUGUAGGAAUCGAAAAUGAGCUUUGGAAGAAAGUGAGAAGUGUGUUAGAAAGUGAAAGAGGAGCGAGUGUGUGGUUUUACAGAGGUACGAGCGUGAUAGUACAAUAAGUCGUAGAUGCGGAACAGGAUACAUAGCAAGUGAUAUGCCUUGACCUGUGUCAGUUGAUGCUGGCAAAGUGAAAGUUGGGUGGCAGAAGGCUCACUGGGUCUUGGACACAACGUGCUAGGGAGGAACAAAACCUGGCAAAUAUAUAUCUUUAUUAACAGAAUUACAGCAGACUGAUUGGCAAAGUUUAGCACCUGCUACUCUUACACCUAAUCAAUCAUUCCGGCUAUUACGUAACUUGAAACAUGACAUUAUGUAGGGUUUUUAUGACAUUAUGUAGGAUUUCCUACAAGACAUCAACUUGGAACUAAUUGUCGUUAACUUCAUGCUCACUUGUAGCAAGCGCGGAAAGAACUAAUUGAAGACUAGCCUAAUGAGUUGAAAUUUUAUCCUUUUUUGACAUCAUAUAGGUUUUGUCACGUAAUAACAAUACAGAACAUGCGUUAAGUGGUAUAGUAGUAAUACAAAAAUUUCUUAAAGAGACAGAUAUUACGCAUGUGUAGCUAUCAUCAUUCUGAAAAGUAGUUUUAUCAUAUAAACGUGGCGCCAUUUUAAAAAAUUAUUUUUAUAUUAUGUGAAUAUGUAAUAAUGAAUUACGACGCAAAAGCAUUGAAUUAGUUGGUUUCUUGAUAAAAACCUGAUUUCGUCAAUAAUAAUUUUCUUGUUUUUUGUUUCCAUGGACGAUGUUUGAGUAGAGAAAUAUCCAAUUUUCUUAAACAAAUAGCUAUAACACAGAAACCGUUUGAACAAACCGGUAACAACCUUGUAUUAAAAAUUAGCUACAGGGUGUUCCAUUUAAUUCUUUUACGAAAAAGUACGCGUUGAGUUUUUGACCACCCUGUAUUGAUCAUGCAAAAAAUAGAUGAAUUAGACUGAAAUAAAAAUGUUUGAAACAAGAUUCGCGACUCCACCUGUCAGCAUACCAAAUAUGCAGAUUGUCAAACUUUUGUUUUUCUUUAUAUAAAAUAAUCAUUAAUUUAACAACUAAUCACCAGUCUUGUUUUUUUAAAUGGCCUAUUCGAAUGUGUGAUAAAAAGUAGGGCAUUCCAUUUAAGAAAAAUUAUCUUUGGUAUGGCGGUCAAAAUUGGGACACCAUAUGAAAUAUACAGGGCGUUUCAUAACUCAUCCUGCAAAUUUUAACCACAUAUGCACUGUUACGAAAGAAGUUGAUUUCUCAGAAAAAAAAAGUAAUAAAAGUCCUACAGAAAUCGAGAUAAUAAAAUAAUACAGUGUAACAGUUCCCUUACUUAUAAAACUUGCUCAAAAUUGUUUCCAUUGACUGCAGUUGGGCCUCAUGUAAUAUGCGCACGCUGUUGCAUGUGACACUACUGGGACCUGUUGGGUUAACUGCCUUGUGCUUAUUCCCGGAUUUUCUUCCACAAUAUCCAAAAUUUCGUCUUCGGCAUUUAAAAGGCGCAAAUCUCCACUAGUACGUGCACGUAAAACAAUUGAACUAAAUGUUUCGUGAUGUGGUAUGUGCCUAUUCGGAAAUCGGUGUGCAUACAAACGCUCGCGAAUUUUGCCCUGCUUCUCCGUACGCUAAAACAAUGCCCACUAACUCGUCAUUAGUGUGCACAUCUGACAUUUAUUAAUAAAUAACUAAAAACAUAAACUCGCAAAAUACUUUCUUAUUUAACUUCACAAAAAUCUACCGUUCUUCUUUCAGAUCACCCACGGUACAGAUUAAACAAAAAACAAAAAAUUCCUGGUAUUUUGUUUUCUUAAUUUGUUUGGUACAACAUGUGCUACAAUAAAUUAUUAAUGCGUGUUCUAAUAUCACGACGAUGAACGCAAAAUACUGAUAUUUAUUUUUCAAUUUAUUUUUGAAACUCAGGCUUAUAUCUUAAUUUCUGUAGGUCUUUUAUUACAUUUUUUUUUUGAGAAAUCCACUUCUUUAGUUACUGUGCAUAUGUGGUUUAAAUUUGUCGGAUGAGUUGUGAAACACCCUGUAUAAUAAUCCAUAAAUCGUUUCCUUUGAACACUUUAUAAGAGUAUGUAGCAUAUAUUUAUUUGGCUUUAGCGCCAUCUAUGAAACAAUAAUCUUUUCAAAGUAGAUCUAUAAUUAGUGCGGAGAGGAGGAACACAGUUUUGGCAAAUGACGCUACAGUAUCUCAUUUCAUCUCGGAUAAUUUUUUGGACGCGGAAAUGUAGUAUUAGGUUGGCUAUUGUCAUCAAGAAUAUAUUAAUCAAUGCCCUUGCUUAACGUGUCGCCAUUAUCGCAAAAGCAAAUCUAAUAGCGACGUCACAAAGAUGGACAAUAUUGCGGAAUUUGAGAACAGAGCAAAUACUUCUUUUAUUUAUAAAGUACAGGGUGACCAGUGGGAAAGUUCACUUUUUGAUUUAAUAUAAGAAAUAAGAUAUAAACUUAAUGAGUUUGGGUUUUAUUUCUUAAAUAUCAUUCCUUCUAAUCGCGCACGCAAAUUCUGAAACACUCUCCUGCAGAAUUCUGGAGUGUUUAUUUCUCGUCGAAUGUUGUCUUCAAGCUCCUCCAGUGUUCGUGGAUUAUUGGAAUACACUUUUGACUUUAGAUAACCCCACAAAAAAUAAUCGCAUGGCGUGAGGUCGGGUGGCCUAGGAGGCCAGUGAAUGUCUCCAAACUUCGAUAUAACUUUUUGAGAAAAAAGUGCUUUCACCGUAUCUAUCGAUUCUCUGGAUGUAUGGGCAGUGGCCCCAUCCUGUUGAAACCACGCGUUUCUGUUAAAUCGACGUUCUUACAAUAGCAGCAAAAAAGUGUCAAUCAUGUCCUUGAAUCGCUCAGAAUUGACAAUCAAUGCAUGACCGCUAGAGGAUAUGGCGCACCAAACAGUCACCUUUGGACUGUGUAGCUGUUGUUGAUCUUUCGAGUUGCUGCGUAGGAAACAGAUUCAACAUCCGUUCAGCACAAGAUUUCCGUAAUAUCACUUUCCUUUAGAGAAUGGACUGAUUCGGCAGCUGCGUAGUAGUAAAGUAAGCCUCGAUAGCAAAAACACGUUGCGGUCCGGUCCAACGUUCCAUUGUGACUAUUUAACCCGCACGCCGAACGCGUCGAUCAAGACCCCUCCCCUUUUCCUCGCGUAUACGGUUGCCGCGUAAUUCGAAUCUGUAAUGUGAAUUUUCCCACCGGACACCCUGUACAAACGGCAUUUUUGUUUUGAAAAGGAAUGCCCAAUAUCUCUAUGAUCAGGGCCAGCUUCAGAGCUUUGUGCGCAAGAUUAAUUGAUAAUUUUGCGCCCCUACGUGCAUACCGCCUGUAGCCGGCCCUGUCUUUGUCUAUUACGUAAUAGAUAUAUUUUUCUCAUUUUUAACAAGCUGUUGAUUGCUUGCAUUUACUAAUCGACGACCUCAAAUCAAUACCUCGUAUAUCAAAAAGUAGCAUUUUGCAGGAGGCAUAAAAAACUGCACAGCUUGAAUAUAAAAGAUCAUAUCCAUGUGAGGUAUUAAUAUUUAGGAUCUUGGAGAUAUUAAAUCGACUCCUAUAACUGGUUUGAACAAUAACUGUUUGUUGUUCACUUUAUUUUGUACAUACGAGUUAUUGAAUACAAAAAAUCCUUGACUUACGUGUUUUUGUCGUAAUCACCUGGGAAUUUUAAAUUCCAUAAAAACAAAAUAAAAAUAAGCAAAUAAGUUAUAACUUAGUUAAACAGCUAUUUUAAAGUAUACUUGUUAAGAAGACAUAGGUCACAAAAAAGAAUUGGACUGUGGGUGGGACUACAUUAUGUUUGUUGGGCGGCUUAGUCCAAAACUCGCCUUACAAUCGAUAAUAACGAAUGGAGAUAAAAAGAACUAAAUGGAGCUGAAGCAACGCCUGACCGCGGUAAACCUUUUUGUGGACCUAUGCUAUCUUUUAUCAGGUACAACAUAAAAAAAAAUAACACAAAUGAAGUUAUUGCACAACGUAAUGAGUCGCUAGCAACAAUGAAACUAUUCGUAGUGAGGUAGCUGGUCAUAAAACGGCCAAACGUCCUUAGACAAAACUGCCUUUAACUUUUGGAGGUGGUCGAAUUUGGUGUUUUUAAUCUUCAGUCGUUCUUUGUGUAACUGCGUUAGAACCACAUUCUCUGUUGGCUUUGUACGGGUAGUCCUCAUCGGCAGUUCUUGAUAAGGGUCGUCAAAUUUCAAUUUAUAGAAGAUUUUUCCAGUUGGGGAGUAUUGCAGUGCUCGGAGAUCCGUUACGGUAGGAUCGUUAACCUUUCGUCCAGGUCUUAUCGACUUAUAUACUUGCACGUUGUUAUAAUUAGUAAAAAAAUCAUGACCUUGAUUCUUCACAUAUCCUUACAUAGUCACUUGGUAGAACUAUCUUUCUGUCAAUUAGUUUUCUUUCUAUUGUAGCAUGCACACUAUCACACUCCAUUUGAGUGUGUCCCUUUAUCAAGAACUUUUGCUCAAUUGUGACAUUCAAAUCCAUAGCCAAAUGCAACAGUGCAUUAGACAUAAUGGUGUUUCGGUUCUGAUAAGUGCAACCAUCCGAGUAUAUAAUUAUUGGUUUUUCACAAUUAAAAUGUUUCCUGAUGUAAUCUACAAUAAAUGAGGCAAACGUUGAGGCCUGUAAGUCACUACUAGUUUCAUCAAACCAAUAAUAAGUACAGUCUCUCGUCGCUAAAUUGUAGACGGUGAAAUUGUGGACACAUAGCUUGGUUUUGAAGUAUGCCGUACUAGCCAUCACUGAUGGACACACUUUAACAGCUUGCAAAUCCAUUGUCAGAACGUGUUGAGUACCUGUCAAAGCUUCCUCUUUAUCUUUGCUUUUUUCCACUCUUGCCCGCUCUUUUUCAGCUUGAUGUAUUUUCCAAGUUUCUUCAGAUAUGUUUUUCUCUUCAUAUUGACAGCAGAUGUCACAAGCAUCCUUUUUGGGCUGAUACAACGCAAUAUUCAGUUUCUUCACUAUCUUAGUAAGGGAAUUUUGGCUCAUGGGCUUUUCAUUCGACUUCUCACAAUGUUGAACAUAAGCCUGGUAAAGACUCGUAAUGUUUCUGAACGACUGUUCUAAGUAUAAUUUUUUUGAGUCCUUACGACAAUAGUGCGACGGCAAUUUGUUUAAGUUAUUUAAAAAUUGCUUCAUAAAAACAUUAGAUUGCCGAUUUGACAAUAUCCCUCCUAUUUCUCUCCUUUCUGGUUUUUUAUCAUGAAUUCCGUGUUCACUCUUACAUACCCAAUGAAGUACUUGCCAUUCUCUCAGUCCAAAUGUUGAAAGAAACAUUUUCUUACACACAGGCAUAUUCACCGAGCCUACCUUCAAAUGAUAUUUCAAUGUACCAGUGCGUCUAGAUUCCAAAUUCAUCAUGUUUCUUUUAUCCUUGACUGGUAUCUUCAUGACCAAGCUUGCCACAUAGGUUUUUCUCUGCUCCCAGUUUAAAUCAGACCAGAAUUUUUUGAAAAUAUCUUGGCGUAUACUUUCAUCAACCUCAUUGCAUUUUCUUUUUGAUGACUUAAUACAAAAUUGUGACGAACAUCCUAAAGAUUGUUUUCUCGGUUCCCUUUGUGCAUCGUGAAACGUGUUCGUUUGAUUUUUUGGCCUUCUGUAGCCUAUGUAUUGCUUUCCUUUCAUUCGAAGAUCUUGAUUGAUUUUUUUUAAGUGUCCACCAGCUAAGCGUUUUCGUGGUUGUGCCUGUACUUCCUCGUCGCUGAAACUAUUUUCACGAUAUUUCGUGACUUUUGACUGUAUUUCACUAUCUUUUUAGAGUACUGAAACUUCGAGUCCUGCAUUUUCAGCUGCUGCCUCAACACCUGGAGUUUGAUUUUGAACGAUAUCUGAACACUCGAAUUCUGGAUCUGCAAAGUUUGUAGCUUCAGAUAGUCCUUCGACUUCUGAAACUUCUCCGUGAACAAUUUCCAUAUUGUCAAACUCCGGAACUGCUAGACUUGUAGUUUCAACUGAUUCUAGAAUUUCUGCAUCAAUCAUACCAAACGUUUCUAUAAAACUCUCGUUGACUAUGUCUACUGGUAGAUCUAAGAUAUUGAAGUUUUCUUUUUCGCUGAUAUCCGGAGUAGUAAUAGUGACAUUGUCUUUUUUGCUAGACAUAUACCCCACUGGUACUUUAUGUGGUGUGUUGUUACACAAUUCCAGUAUACGUUUACUCCGGGAGCUCAUAUUGUAUCAUUCUGUAAUUGAAAACAAUACCACGUAAGUCAUAUAUUCCGGAACACAAAUUCAUUAUUAUAUCAUGUACAAUAGCUCGUAAGUCAAGCGUCUGUUUUACCAACGAAUAUUACUGAAUAGGCACCAACUAUUUUAAAAAUUUUUAGUUCUCAGCUAUCUAAUAAGUUUUCUGACAAAGUAUGACAUUCUGUAGUUUUAUUUUACACAUGCAUAUACAGUAUUGCAACAAACUUACCAGCACAUUCACGCUAUACAGCAAACUUAACCUAGAAUAUAGGAGAUAUACGCGCUAUUGAAUCUAUUUUUCAUCGCUCCGAUUUACGUGGUAUUGUUUUAUGUAUUUAUGCAACCAAACUAGCAGCUAUAUACGGCUCACUGUCUAACUGUAGCUAGGGAAGACUUACAGGAAUCAGAAGCGAUCAAAAUAAGAAAAUCGGCAUUUUCGGACUUACGAGGUAUUGAUUUGAGGUCGUCGUAAUACUUUAACGCUAUGUCUGCCCCACCAGCUUCCGUUUUGCUAGCACCAAUCAAACCUUCUGGUGCUUCAUGGUUCUAGGCAUUUUGCUAGCACUCUCAUACCGUUCCUUCACCCCAAUUUAUAGAUAGUUUUAUGCUGGUGCGCAGUACCUAUGGUCGAUUUUCAACGCACAUGGGUCAGAUAUGAGUUGAUUGUUUGAACGAACUGGGUUGUAUGUUGCGAAAUAAUAUGCCAAACAAUAACUGGGGAGAUGAGUAUUUCUAAGAAGGAGAGGGUACUUGUAAAAUAAGUCCCGUCUAAAAUAAUUCUGCAAGAAUGUAGUUCACAUCAUCCUGAUAAAAUACUUAUUAGCACAAUGCAGGGUAAAUGAAUCUUUAACCUGGAUAUUAAGAAAAAUUACAUUUGCCGAACAUUUUACAUUUUUUAGCACUAAUAAUUUUCUCUCAAUUUUCUGUGUUUUGCUUAUCCCAAAACAGAAUGAUGUUAUUUGCAUUAAAUUCUCAUAACAGACAUAUAUUCCUCUACAACAGUUUUAAUUACGAUUGGAGGAGGGCGCAAUAUGUAAGUAGCUUUAACAUAUUUUUUCGUUUUUUAUAGUAUAUUGAUUUGACUUACCACACCUGUAAAAACAAUUUCUAAGAAUGAUUUAUUUAUUUUUUCUCGAUCUUUGCUGGUCUUUUUAGGAAAUCCUGAUUUUCCAUAGUCCAAGUUUUUAUGAAAAUAGAGAUCUAUGUAUAUCUCAUAAGAGCGUCUUGCCAAACUUCAUUCGCGAAAAUCAUUGUUACAGUACAUGAAAUGAAACAUUAAAACAUUUUUUGAUCAUCAUUUGGAUUAUGUAAUUGAACAUAACGUUUUCAGAAUAUCCAUAACAUGGAUAUGUUGCUUAGUAUAAAGAGUACAUAUAAUUAUUUUUUCAAUUCCCUUUAGUUGUGUUAUGGAACAUUCUGGAAGUAAGUUAUUAGCAUUAUUAUUUUAGAAAAUUUACAUGCAAGUACAACUGUUGACUGUAGUUGUCAUAUUUCAAUUUGUCUCUAAGUUGUAGAAUAACCAGAGAAUGAGUAGUGUUCUAUAACCUUUUUGACACCAUUUGACGUCUCUUUUGACGUUUUCUAAAUGAGUUUGUGAAUGCAUCCAUUUUCAGCCAAAUGGCUUUCUAAUAUCAUUAAAGGCCUUGUUUUUCAAUCGUAAGUACACUCGCAAAGUUAGUAGACCUGGGAAAAGCCUCCUCAUGUAGAUUGAUCCACAAUAAAAAACUGAAUACCUGCUAGGGCAAACCUGAUAUUUUUAGCAGUGAUAUUGCAGUGAACCUGCAAUUGAAAAACCGGACUAAUAUAACAUCUGAUACUGAUUCUGUGAUUUUCAUGUCGAUGAUCCCCUACCAAACCAUAUGUGUUUAAAAUUUUUCUUUAUUGUAUAGCACGUUUCACUCACAAAGCUGACCUUCUUCACCACAUUGACACUUUUUUGACAAUAUUUUAUUUACCUGUUUUCCAAGUGAAACUUCGUUUGUUUUUCUUUUCAUGUUCAUAUUCCUAAACAGUGUGUUACUACAAUAGUCCGAAAGAUCUGUAAUAUGCUGAGAUUACGAAGCCAUCAUUCAAAUUUUAAGAUGGCACCUCGCAAAACCAUCAUAGCUCAAGAGCGCCUGGGGUAGGCAUUCAAAAGGACGUCCAGCCCUCUGGAACGACAAGCGAGCAUGAGGUUAUUUGUCUUUUUUAUUACCCCAGAUAUGCCUCCCCUGUCCAUCGUUCCGAAAACGCCAAAAGCCCUCAAAAAAUGUAUGGAACUUGAUCUGUUUGUCAUUUAACCUGAUAUUUUCAUAUCAUCUAACUUCUUUUGUACAUUGUGAAAUCUUACUACAUCAGAGUUUAAAAAUAAUUUAUUUUGUGCAAACCAUUUUUCAAGAUGCUUCAAAGUAUUACAUUUAGUGACCAAUACGUAUCGUGAUGAUCUGAAAUUAUACUUGCAUACAAGGUAAAAUUCUUUCAAGCAGAUCAUUUAUAUUCAGCAUAAAUGAAGAGGCCCUUUUAUAGAUCCUUGGGGAACUCCCAUAUCAAUAUCAACGGAUGAAGACCGGUCUUGCUUUAUUUCUGUACCAUAAGUGUGUAAUAAAGAAACAUAUUGUGACGUAUUUAGUCGUUUCCGGAAUUUUCGCACUUUUUCUCCCGGGGAGCGACUCUUCACGUUUCAAUAUUUUCGUAAAAAAUCAUUAGAAGAUACCCCAAUAAUUUCAUGUUUUUCUUGUCUCGAGAUUGACCUCUGACUCGGUGUUUACUGAUUGAUAGCUACUUUCGGCAGUUGUAUAUCUGCAUAUUUCGUAGCGAGACUGACAUAUUUAUAUUAAUGAUUAGUUUAACUUGUUUGAAAGUUUACUACCGUAUUUUUCGUUUUUGAAAGGGGGGUUAUUAUACAUAAAUAAAUAUGUAUAUGUGGUAUAUAUUUUAACUUCUACGGAGAUAUAACUUCCAUUGAUAUUAUUAUGUCUAUUGCAUAGUGCAUUACUUUAGUAAUCUUGCAUAAUCACGGCCAGAAAUGACGCGUUACUUUUUAAUUUUUUAAAGAAAUAGCUUUAGCGAAUUGUUUUUUUAAAACGUUCAUUAUAGCAUUCUCAGUUUGAAAAGAACAGUAUCUAGUUUGAUAUUUUAUCUGUAGUGACUGAGAUGGAUUGAAAUAUUGAAAUUCGCUACAGUUAAAGCAAAGAGAAUUGAAUGUUGCUUAAUUAGUAGUGUUCAAUUUUAUUUUAUAAUUACAGAAUCUUACUAUUCAAUUUCAUUUUUUAUCAAAUGUUGCUAUUCUUUUUUGACUAAGAUUGCUUAACAAUGAUAAUUUAAACGCUAAGUGGAGAUCAGAUUAUACGCAUUUGAGUAUUGAGCAUAUUCUCAUAGGUUGACUGUACAUUUUUGAGAAUUUUUGAAGAAAGAUCACCGAUUGUUCCACAAUGCUAGCGACCUUGUGCAAUGAGCGAUGGACCGCUGGUUUCUCAAUCUGGCAAAAUGAAGUUAAAAUGCAGCUGCAUUGACACUGACAGACAUAACAUACUGUCCGUUUCUCUCUUCCUCUCUCUCUCAAAUUACCAUUAGUUCAAGACGCGAAGACUAGAAAUAGAGGUUAAACUCAUAGAGUCAAGUAAAAAAUGUGGACUAUGAAGUAAGUUAUUACACUAUGUAGGAAAUGAAUUUCAGGUCCUGUGCAUAAGGCACCAUUCUCUCUCAUGAAUAUACUGCGCAGAAAAUGAAUUUCAGGAUCUGCGCAUGUGGCAUGUCUCUUUGUUACUGUCAUCAUGCCCAACAAGUUCAAUUUUAACAGUUGCAAGUAGAACUAUUGGAUAACAUUAAUAAACGUACAAAGCAUGUCAAAAGCAAAUGAAAUGCGCAUAAAGAUUGCCGCAGGCUAUGUUGACGUUUUUCAAUGUCCAGACGCUCUACACAAUGUUCUAUGUCCACUACAUUUCCGAGAGCUACACCAUCCUUGGGGACAGGAUUGGCUUUAUAUGAAUACGUAUUUCCCUUACCCAAUUUAACCUCCUACAUCUAGUCUUCGUGGUUCGAGACAAAGGCAGCAUUGAUCAAUUUUGGUCUCGCUAGGCGGCACUAGUGUGAUUGGAGGUCAAAAUGUGAAGUUUUGAUAUCCAUUGACGUGGCGCUGAUCAGCAUUGACAUCUUCGUUUAUGACCAACCAACUUAACUAACGCCAUCUUCUACCUUUUCAGAUUACCCCAUUCAGGUUGGCCUCCAAAGUUACAUUAUUUUCUGUCACACUAACAAAAACAUGCAUGCCUACAAAUGUACACAUAUACGAAUAAAUUAAAUAAGGCUAGGAAUGUUAUUUUCGAGUGCGGGAUUCGAAUACUUUUGUCAUGUUGCCAGUUGUAUUUUUCUUCGUAUAAAAGUUCCAUACCAGCACUCCGGCUGCCAUUGUACAGGGCCAAUUUUGCAUAUAAUUUGGUCUCUAGUAAUAAGUAUAUUCCAGAUAUUUUUUAUUAAACGGUGCAAGGUCAUUUACAUUUCGCAAGGAUCGCCUAGUCUUUAUAUCCACUGAUCCUGAUCUCACUCAUACCAUUUCUGUUUCAUCCAUCGUUCUUCACCAGCAAAAGACAUGUACAUGUAUGUGGUGUUUUAGGUUUUAACUAAGUCUGUUUUAGCAAGUAGACGUUUUUAAUAUGUUUUUACUGCC